UGUUGUGAAUAAAUUAGUUGCUGACAAGGAUGCCUACAAGGAAGACACAAAGGACAAUCACAUAGGGCUGCAACGUAAGGGUUCUAGAAGAAUCAUUCAUCCAAAAAGGCUAGGAGAUUACGUUUGGAGUGGGCGUGGAAAUUCACGUGAAGAUACACAGAGUUAGUUAGAUUGCAGAGGCACGCAAAUAUUGUUAUGAAGGAUGUCAACAUUCUCUUCUCUUUCUUCUAAUUUCCCAUCCCCUUUUUGUUAUCCUAUCCAAUCUUAAUUUCAUGUUUUCAGUAUUUUCAUUGAUACCAGUAGCUUGAGAGUUAUCCCUACGUAUUGUGACUAUAAUUGAGUUCAGUUCUAUUAAUACUACUGGAGAUUUUGGCUACUAUUACAUUGGUGCUUUCAUCCAGAGGUCUUCCAUGGAUGACCACAAACUCAAGUCUAUUGUGGAUGAAUCUGUUAAGGUGGCAACGGGCUCUUUUGCUAAGGAACUGGAGGACAUUCGGUCUCUAUUAAUGGAGGUGGUGGGACGAAAAAUUGAUCUCUCCGAUGACCAUGGCACAACUGCUCCCCCUCUUCGUCAUAAACCGGCAUCGGUGGAGAUAGGACGUUUCCAUGGGGAAAACCCAGAAGCUUGGAUAUUUCAAGAGGACAGAUACUUCGACUUAUACAAAAUAGCAGAGAACCAACGUCUAACAAUCGCAUCGUUUUAUCUCGACAGUGAUGCAUUGGAGUGGUAUCGAUGGCUGUUUCGGAACAAGCAACUCGUUGACUGGGAGUAUUUUGCUGCGAAGGUGCGAACCCGCUAUUACCAGAAGGGACUGGAGUUUGCAGAGGGUCGACUUGCAAAACUCCGGCAGACAACCACCGUCUAUGAUUUUCAAGCGAGAUUUGAGACACUUGCAAACAAAACCGACGACAUGACUGAUAGCAGAAUGAGUCGCCGGGAAUGGGGGUUGUGCUAUUAUUGCGAAGAAAAAUACACGGCUGGCCAUAUAUGCAAGAACCCACCCCAACUUCUCUUACUCACUAAUGAGCACGAAACUGAUCCUAAUCACCAAGAUUCUUUCGUUUCUGAUGAUUUUCUGGCGAAGGAGCUACAAUGCUUAGAAUUGCAAGAGCAUUCGUCUAUUUCGUAUCAUGCACUGACUGGAGGAAUUUCCCCAUCCACUCUGCAAUUCACUGGUCAGGUUAAUGGUUCUUCGGUGCAAGUGUUGGUCGAUGGAGGUAGUACACAUAAUUUUGUCCAGCCUCGAGCUGUUAAACAUCUCCGACUCCCUGUUAAGUCUAUCCGUCCAAUUUCUAUCAUGGUCGAAAGUGGACAAUGA